AGAAAUCUGCAAACAUGCCGAAAGAGGAAGGGUAAAACGCGUCUCGUUGUUGUUGUUUUUUGUUGAUUUUGGAUUAUUUUGUUGAAGUUUUGCACGGAAGGCUCUUCGGGUACGGACAAUGGGGCUGGCGGUGUUUUUCGGCUGUGCUUUCAUUGCGUUUGGCCCGGCUUUUGCGUUGUUUACACUGACGGUAGCGGUCGAUCCGUUGAGAAUCAUAAUACUCGUUGCAGGGUCGUUCUUCUGGCUGGUGUCUGUGCUGCUGGGCUCUCUCGUGUGGUUUGUCGGGGUGCAGCUCAGUGAUCGUGGAAACCCCAGUCUCCAGUCCGGGCUGCUUGUUUUUGGGGCGGCCGUGUCGGUGCUGCUGCAGGAGGCCUUCCGCUUCGCCAACUACAAGCUGCUCAAGAAGGCUGAUCAAGGGCUAGCAUCUAUCAGUGAGGACGGCAGGUCUCCCAUCUCUCUCCAGCAGAUGGCGUACGUGUCGGGGCUGGCGUUCGGGCUGAUCAGCGGUGCCUUCUCCGGGGUUAACAUCCUGACGGACUCGCUGGGUCCCGGGAUCGUGGGGAUACACGGAGACUCCCCCCACUUCUUCAUCACCUCCGCUUUCCUCACGAUGGCGCUGGUGCUGCUGCACACUUUCUGGGGGGUGAUUUUCUUCGACGCGUGCGAGCGGGGGAAGUGGCUGGCUGGUAUGGGAGUGGUGGUCUCCCACCUCGUCACCUCAGCACUGACCUUCCUGUGCCCCUGGUAUGAGACGAGUCUCGUCCCCAUCUACCUCCUCACCGCGGGCACGGCCGCGUGGGCCUUCAGCACGGCUGGGGGGUCCGUCGGCACCCUGCAGCGCUGCUUUACCUGCAAACAGAAAAUUGACGAUCGCGUGGUGGUCUAUUCAGCUCUCCAGGCCCCCUCGGAGGACUAAGAAAGUGCCUGUCCAGUUCAUACAGGCAAUUGAGACAGGCAGCACUGCAGAGGACAAGGCCACCAACAAACCAGGGAUGGGAAUCAGACUCCCUGCUGCACAGCGGUGUGAUCCAGUCCUGGUUUCACUAGGAGUUUAAUAAUCACACACACCUGAGCUUGUUACCUAGACACACUGGGGCUGAUCAAGCUGAUAGCAGUAAAACCUGGACUGGAUCACACUGCUGUGCAACAGGAGUCUGAUUCCCAUCCCUGCAAAAUGGACGAAGUAGAACUAUCGCAACUAUUCCUGAUCUGGCCACCAGAGGGAGCCGUGCUGCACAUUAUAAUGGACAGAGGCGAGGUGCUGGUACAGAGAAAACACAAAACAGAAACACUUCUGUGAUAAAAUCGGACAAAACGAAAGACGUCGCAGAGAGAGAGAGAAUGCGGUCGUAUACAUUUUGUCUCGUUUUAUUUCUCGUUUUUCAAGUGUCGAUUUGUUUGGGGGGGGGGGGAGUCAUUUCCAAGGGCGUUUUACUGCGGUGGUUUCGCUUGUGAACGAAAAUAAAGAGUUUUGAGUCCAGAGAGAGACGUGGUUGAGAGAAACUGGAACGUUUUCGAUUUAAAUGUAUAUUUUUACGGGUCCUGUUUUGUAAAAUGUGAACAAUUGAUUAUCAAUGAUAUUGGGACGUUUCGGACUUCGAGUCCUUUAGCUGGAUGAAAAAAAAAAAAAAAGACACUUCAAAGACAAGUCGCUUCACCUCCUUGUGCUCCGUCCUUCAGAUGAGACGUCAAACAAACGAGCUCCUAUUGGAAGUGACUCUGCAGCAGCAGCAGCAGCAGUUGAUGAUGAAGCAGAGUUCACCCUCCUAGUCUCUGUAAGUCGCUUUGGAUAAAAGCGUCUGCUGAAUGACUCAGGUGUUCAGCUUAAGAAAACAAAGUAGGUGGGUAUUUGUUUAAUGUAAAUAUAUAAUAAUGAUGAUAACUUCUUAAAGGAAGGUUACAGCGAGGCACAGACCCCCAGAUAUAUCCAGGUAUUUCAAGUCUUCCUUAUGAAUAAAGCAGGGAUGGGAAUCAGACUCCUGCUGCACAGCGGUGUGAUCCAGUCCUGGUUUCACUAGGAGUUUAAUAAUCAGACACACCUCAGCUUGUUAGCUAGACACACUGGGGGCUGAUCAAGCUGGUAGCAGUAAAACCUGGACUGGGUGACACUGCUGUGCAAUAGGAGUCUCAUUCCCAGCCCUGCAAAAUCCAGUUUGAUAUUCCUGUAACUGUUCUGGACUGUUGGCGGGUUUCGUUAAGAACAGUAAAGAACAGGUUUCAGGAAUAGCAAACUUGAUUUUAUUAAUUAAAAACUAGACUUUGAAAACACAAUUCCCGAGUUUAAGCUGUGUGGAUAGAGCUCUGUGUUAUAAGAUUAUAUUAAUAAGACACGCCAUAAAUAUGAUAUGUGUUGUAUAACAUAUGAGUAAAUAGAUUCAAAUAUUAUUAUUAAUAAUAUUAUUAUUAUUUACUGUUUUGCAGUGUUUGGGUUCUGAUGAUUCAAUAUUGGAUCAAAGAAAAUCAAAAAAAUAAACUACAAAUCUCACUUUGAUAAAUAAUCUGUCUUUCAAAGAAAGAAAGAAAGAAACUACUACUGAGCAUCAAGGGGUCGUGCGCUGCGUCUGCGGGCAUUAAAUAGAAAGUUAUGAUUUUGUAAAUAUGAAGUAAACGGAUGUAUGUUUUGUAAGCCGUCAUGUAAACAAAACAAAGUUACAGUAGAUGCUAUUAAAGACUUUAUUUGUGUGCGUUUGUUUCACUAGAA